ACCUUAUCCUCCGCCGUCGAAACUAAACUCAGGAACCCAAAAAUCGAAGAAUGUUGGACGUCGCCACCGCGUAUUCCGCCGCUAUAACCUUUCAAUUUCGCCAUUCAAAGUCUUCUACCAUCCCCCAUCAAUGGCGGAUUAGAGCUUCCUCUGCUUCUUCCACCGUCGAUCUCACCGCUCUUCAAUCCGCAAUCGAAAAGAAAGAUAGUAAUGCAGUUAAGGAAGCGUUGGAUCAGUUGAGGGAACUUGGUUGGGCCAAGAAAUGGAGUUCUCAACCGUAUGUAUCUCGCCGUACGACUACCCUUCGAGAGCUGACUACGCUUGGAAUUAAAAAUGCGGAGAAUCUUGCUAUUCCUAGUGUUAGAAAUGAUGCAGCUUUUCUUUUCACUGUGGUGGGAGUGACUGGAUUUUUAGGCGUCCUCGCAGGGCAGCUUCCUGGGGAUUGGGGCUUCUUUGUGCCAUACUUGAUUGGCAGCAUAUCGCUUAUUGUUUUAGCAGUUGGAAGCAUUUCUCCUGGACUUCUUCAAGCUGCCAUAGAUGGCUUUUCAUCAUUUUUUCCUGAUUAUCAAGAAAGAAUUGCAGGACAUGAAGCUGCACAUUUCUUGGUUGCUUACUUGCUUGGACUUCCUAUUCUGGAUUAUUCACUGGACAUUGGAAAGGAGCAUGUCAAUCUCAUUGAUGAAAGAUUAGAAAAAUUGAUAUAUAGUGGUCAGCUUGAUGAUAAGGAACUCGACAGGUUGGCCGUGGUGGCAAUGGCUGGUCUUGCAUCAGAAGGUUUAAAAUAUGAUAAAGUGGUUGGCCAAUCAGCUGAUCUCUUCACUCUACAGAGGUUUAUCAAUAGAUCAAAGCCAAAACUUGGUAAGGAUCAGCAACAGAACCUCACUAGAUGGGCUGUUUUAUUUUCUGGUUCCCUUUUGAAGAAUAACAAAUUGAUACAUGAAGCUCUCAUCAAAGCAAUGUCAGAGAAAGCAUCUGUGAUAGAAUGCUUUGAAGCCAUUGAGAAAGCUGCAUAGCUGAUUCAAACUUCUUUUUUUAAAAAAAAAUUAUUUAUCUGCAACGUUCAUCAUUCUUUAUUUUAUAUAUAUAUAUACAAGAUUAUAAUGAUAAUAAUCUCAAAUAUUAACCAAAUGUAAAAUGCGGAUCCUCGGUGAUAAAAUUUAGUCUACUUUUUCA